CAGCGUACACUUCGGGUAGACGUCUUUGGAAACUUUGGUCCACAGCGGCCACCAGGCUUCCCAGCAGUUUUGCCCGCGGGUGGGCGCACGGCGAGUUCCCUGGGGGCUCGGCUGCAGCUACCGCCCGGCUGUGUCCCGGAGCGCGCGCCCGCGCCGGCCCUCGCCCGCGCUCCGAAGAAGGCUGCGCUCACGCUGCGCCCUGCCGCGGGGAGGGCGCGCGCGGGGAGGGCGCGAGGCGCGCGCUCCGAGACGGGCACUGGGGGCUCCGCCGGCCCGCCGAGCCUGCGCGCUUCGGGGCGCGGGGAAAGUUCUGCGGGCUCCAGGCCGGAGCGCCGCGCAGGGCCGGGAAGGAAAGAUCACAUAUUAGCAUUUUCACCAUAUGGCUGAAAGGGUAGAAAGUAUAUGUGUAGAGGAACAAAGUUGGUAACAUUUUUGAUCAUCUGGUAAAUAAAUGUGAAAUCGCAAAAUAUUUGUGAACUCAGUCAAAAUCAGGAGCCCAGAUAAACUUGAAGAAACGUGCGUGCAGUUUCUCAAGAUUCAUACCCACUAAACCUUCAAUCACUGCCAGCUCCAGUGUCCCCCUGGUUUUGAGAAGACUGGACAAAAUUCUAAUGAUGAAAAAGCAAAGGACUUAAUAACUUGGUUCAGUUUCAUCUAAUGCCCAUUGAAAAGUGAACCAGACAAUAGAACAGCCAUGGAAAAGAAUUCAAGUUUAUGGAAGAACCUAAUAGAUGAACACCCAGUCUGUACAACCUGGAAGCAAGAGGCGGAAGGAGCCAUUUACCAUCUUGCCAGCAUUUUAUUUGUAGUAGGUUUCAUGGGCGGCAGUGGAUUCUUCGGGCUCCUUUAUGUCUUCAGUUUGCUGGGGCUUGGUUUCCUCUGCUCUGCGGUCUGGGCAUGGGUAGAUGUCUGUGCUGCCGACAUAUUUUCCUGGAAUUUCGUGCUCUUUGUCAUCUGCUUCAUGCAGUUUGUUCAUAUUGCAUAUCAAGUUCACAGCAUAACCUUUGCCCGAGAAUUCCAGGUGUUAUACAGCUCCCUUUUCCAGCCCCUGGGAAUCUCUUUGCCUGUCUUCAGAACAAUUGCUUUGAGCUCCGAAGUGGUUACUUUGGAAAAGGAGCACUGUUACGCCAUGCAGGGGAAAACUUCCAUUGAUAAACUCUCCCUGCUUGUUUCAGGAAGGAUCAGAGUGACAGUUGAUGGCGAAUUUCUGCAUUAUAUUUUCCCAUUUCAGUUCCUGGAUUCUCCUGAGUGGGAUUCACUGAGACCCACAGAGGAAGGCAUUUUUCAGGUAACACUCACAGCAGAAACUGACUGUCGAUAUGUUUCUUGGAGGAGAAAGAAACUAUAUUUGCUUUUUGCUCAGCAUCGUUAUAUCUCUCGCCUGUUUUCAGUUUUAAUUGGCAGUGACAUUGCAGAUAAACUCUACGCCUUGAAUGACAGGAUAUAUAUAGGAAAAAGGUAUCACUAUGAUAUUCGGUUACCCAACUACUAUCAUAUGUCAAGUCCAGAAAUGCCCAGAGCACCCCUGACAGGACAGUUUCGGAAUUCCAGGCAAUAUUGUAAUAAAUGACAUCAAAAUAUGAAGUUUUAUAACUAUCAAAAAAAAAUCUCUUCGUCAUUCCCCAAAUGAAGUAGCAAAGUACAUAAAAUUGAGCUCACUAAUAUUUUUAUAACAAAUUCAGAGACAAGAUGCCAUUACCAGCUGUUUUGUCUCAACUUCUUUGUUGCAAAUAAAUUUUACAAAGUUUUCUUGU